AUGGAUCAGCAGCUGAGUCUAUCGGACUCCUGUAGGCUUCAACGAAGCAUAGCGGCUGAGAAGCAAGCCGUGAAGGCUCGGAUAGCGUAUUUCAAGAGGGAGGAGAGUAAAAUAUGGCGGAACUUGGACGAGGUCAGACGGAAAGCCAAGAAGCUCGAGGAAGGCCGCGAGUUGGCUGAGCAGAAAAAGCAAAGUCUCAUCCAGCUCGAACGGGUGCGGAAGCGGCGAGAGGCAGAGAACUCUAGACGGGCCCUCGAGAUCAAGACGAGUCUAGAUACCAUCAAAGAGCAGCAUCUCAAGAACAAGGCAUGCACUUUGGCAGCAAAGAGGGAGGCCACACGGGAAGCUAGGAAGGAGAGGGCGGAAAUCAUACGAAUGAAGCACCUGGAGCAGGCUCGGGAAGUAGCUGCCAAGUCCGAGAGAGCUGUGGCGAUCCACCGCGCGUCGCUUGAGGCUAAGUUGCAGGCGAAAGCGGAGAAAGAGAAAAAACAGCGUAUGGUCCGAGAGGAAGCUCAGCGGAAACGAGCUGCUGUCCUGGCUCGGGCCCAAGCUGAUAAGGCUGAGCUGGCUGCUUUAGAGGAGGAGGAGAUGCGGUGUUUGCAGCGACUUCAGCACUCUAGGAUGCUAUCGCAAGCCUCGUUACAGUGCUUGGAGGCUCCACAGGGUCAGAGCAGCUCGUUGCGUACGAUGAUGGGCUCACGAGGGGCAGGGGCCCUGCUGGAGGGAGAGGGCCUGUCUUGGUCACCUAGCAAGAGUGAGGAGGGCUAUCAUAUUACAGUGGUCCGUGAGGUUGGCAAUGUGCAGAGCGAUGGCGAUAAAGGCGGCAACUAUCGGGAGCGUCCUGGUAGGCCUCCUCGAGGGAGCAAGCACCAGGAAGAUCAGCCGAGUUUGUCCACUGUAGAUGGUCUUGGGGUGGCGGUGGAGUCGGACGAUGAGGGCCCUCCCUUGCUGGGUGGUACGGAUAGCAGUAUUGACAGACACCAUAGAGGUGGUUCUCAUAUAACGCCCACGGGGGAGAGAGCGGGGAGUAGCGGCUGA